CUUUUCUUUCCCAUCCCACCAGACCACACGAUCUCCAAGUAGCAAGGGGAAAAGAGAGUGAGCCUGCAUGCCAAUUCUAAGCUCUUCCGGAUCAAAUGUCGUUCGUCCUGUCCAGAAUGGCAGCCUGUGGAGGCUCCUGCAAGAACAAAGUGACCGUCUCCAAGCCUGUGUGGGACUUCCUGAGCAAGGAGACCCCAGCCCGGCUGGCCCGGCUUCGGGAGGAGCACCGAGUGUCCAUCCUCAUAGAUGGCGAGACUUCUGACAUCUAUGUGCUCCAGCUGUCCCCACAGGGUCCUCCCCCAGCCCCUCCCAAUGGGCUCUACCUGGCCAGGAAGGCUCUCAAGGGGCUACUGAAAGAGGCAGAAAAAGAGCUGAAGAAAGCUCAGAGGCAGGGGGAGCUCAUGGGCUGCCUGGCUUUGGGGGGUGGAGGGGAGCACCCUGAGCUGCACCGCCCAGGCCCACCUCCUCUCCGAGCAGCCCCACUCCUGCCCCCAGGGGCAAGAGGGCUCCCCCCUCCUCCUCCUCCCCUGCCCCCUCCACUCCCUCCUCGUCUCAGAGAGGACGCUGAGGAGCAGGAAACCACCUGCCCCAUUUGCCUGGGGGAGAUACAGAAUGCCAAGACGCUGGAGAAGUGCAGGCACUCCUUCUGUGAGGGCUGCAUCACACGGGCCCUGCAGGUGAAAAAGGCCUGCCCCAUGUGCGGCCGAUUCUACGGGCAGCUGGUGGGCAACCAGCCCCAGAACGGGAGGAUGCUGGUUUCCAAGGACGCCACCCUCCUGUUGCCCAGCUAUGAGAAGUACGGCACCAUUGUCAUCCAAUAUGUCUUCCCGCCUGGCGUCCAGGGGGCUGAACACCCCAACCCAGGAGUUCGGUACCCUGGUACCACACGGGUGGCCUACCUCCCGGACUGCCCCGAGGGCAACAAGGUGCUGACCCUGUUCCGAAAGGCAUUUGACCAGCGUCUCACCUUUACUAUCGGCACGUCCAUGACUACAGGGAGACCCAAUGUCAUCACUUGGAACGACAUCCACCACAAGACCAGCUGCACAGGGGGACCCCAGCUGUUUGGGUAUCCGGACCCAACCUACCUGACUAGGGUGCAAGAGGAACUGAGAGCCAAGGGUAUUACAGACGACUGAAGUAUGGCACCUUUGCCAAGGCCCCCCGCUGUCCUCUACUAGGAUCCAACGGAAGCCUCUGCUCCUCUCUUGCUGCCCCCACAUCACCCAUGAGGGGAUAUGUCUGACUGGGAUGGGAGCCCAGAGGGGAAGGGGAUGUUCCUUCCCCCCGCCCCCCACUGGCCAAGUGCUUCAGUGCCCUUUGAGCCACUCCAGCAGAGGCUGGUUUCCAAGGUUCCCCUCCCUGCACUCCGUGUAUAUAGUCUCUCUGCCCCUGCUUCUCCAGUGUCCUUGGCUUUUCCUGGUAUGUACCGUGCUCCAGUGACUAAGCUGAGAAAGGACCUGGGUAGGAAGGAUGGGGUCUCUUGAACUCUAGUCCCUGAAUACUGUCUCACCUUGGACUGAUAUUAGCUGCCUCCCCCCAGCCAGCUGUGUGUUAAGAUAACAGUAGUCCUACCUUAACGGAUCCUUUCUCUCCUGUGUCUGUCUCUGUCAGUCUGUCUUUCUCUCGCUCUUCUCUGCCCCUAUAAGGAGCCUCCUCACCCCCUGAUCUGGAAUUGCUGCCAGACUGUAGCUUUUAAUUUAAUAAAAAUAAAGUGAAAUAUGCAACUCUA